CGGAAGCGCGGCUCACAGGCGCUCAGCGGCAGGCAGCGAGGAUGGCCGGGUUCGCUGAGCUCGGUUUGUCCUCGUGGCUCGUGGAACAGUGUCGGCAGCUGGGUUUGAAGCAGCCCACACCCGUGCAGCUCGGCUGCAUCCCCGCCAUCCUGGAAGGUCGGGACUGCCUGGGCUGUGCUAAGACAGGCAGUGGCAAGACGGCAGCAUUUGUCUUGCCCAUCUUGCAGAAGCUCUCUGAGGAUCCCUAUGGCAUCUUCUGUCUUGUCCUGACGCCCACCAGGGAGCUGGCCUACCAGAUCGCAGAGCAGUUCCGGGUCCUGGGGAAGCCUCUGGGCCUGAAAGACUGCAUCAUCGUUGGCGGCAUGGACAUGGUGGCCCAGGCCCUGGAGCUGUCCCGGAAACCACAUGUGGUCAUCGCCACGCCAGGGCGCCUGGCUGACCACCUCCGCAGCUCCAACACGUUCAGCAUCAAGAAAAUCCGCUUCUUGGUGAUGGACGAGGCAGACCGGCUGUUGGAGCAGGGCUGCACUGACUUUACCGUAGACCUGGAAGCCAUCCUGGCAGCGGUGCCGGCCCGCAGGCAGACGCUGCUCUUCAGUGCCACCCUGACUGACACACUAAAGGAGCUGCAGGGCCUGGCCACCAACCAGCCCUUCUUCUGGGAGGCUCAAGCCCCGGUGCGCACGGUAGAACAGCUAGACCAGCGCUACCUGCUGGUGCCUGAGAAGGUCAAGGACGCCUACUUGGUCCACCUGAUCCAGAAGUUCCAUGAUGAGCAUGAAGACUGGUCCAUCAUCAUCUUCACCAACACAUGCAAGACCUGCCAGGUCCUGUGCAUGAUGCUACGCAAGUUCAACUUCCCCACUGUGGCUCUGCAUUCUAUGAUGAAACAGAAAGAACGCUUUGCUGCCCUGGCCAAGUUUAAGUCCAGCAUCUAUCGGAUCCUGAUCGCAACAGAUGUGGCCUCUCGGGGCCUGGACAUUCCCACGGUGCAGGUGGUCAUUAACCACAAUACCCCCGGGCUCCCAAAGAUCUACAUCCACCGAGUUGGCCGGACAGCCCGUGCAGGGCGGCAGGGACAGGCCAUCACACUGGUGACACAGUAUGACAUCCACCUGGUUCAUGCCAUCGAGGAGCAAAUCAAGAAGAAGCUGGAGGAGUUCCUGGUGGAGGAGGCUGAGGUGCUGCAGAUUCUCACACAGGUCAACGUGGUGCGGAGGGAAUGCGAGAUUAAACUUGAGGCAGCCAACUUUGAUGAAAAGAAGGAAAUUAACAAGCGGAAGCAGCUGAUCCUGGAGGGAAAGGACCCUGACCUGGAGGCCAAGCGCAAGGCUGAGCUGGCCAAGAUCAAGCAGAAGAACCGGCGCUUCAAGGAGCAGGUGGAGCACGCGUUGCAGCGGCAGAAGGCCGGUGGGACUGGCCACAGGGGCCGUCUACCCAAAGCCCGACCGGAGGCCCGCUCAGGCCCAGGACCUGGCCUAAGGCCCACUCGGCCCCUACCUGCCCAGCCUAAGACUCCUUCAUCAAACUGAGGGUUGGAGAGUUGGAGGGCAGUUUUCCCCUCCCAAGCUGCCCAGUCCCCCUCAGUGGAGCCCAUGGACGCCCACAUUGUGCAGUACAUGGCUCCUCUUCUGUGGCCCCAACUGGCUCCUUCUCUAAGCCUUGGCCCAAAGUCAAGCUAUCAAGGGAAGAACACUGGCCAUGUGGUUGGGCCCAUCUCCAUAAAGUGACUCCAGCCCAGGGUCACUGAAGGGGGUGCUGUGGGCCCAAAAGUGAAGGUGUGUCAUUUGCAGGAGAUAAUAAACUGGUCUUUUGACUUGCCCAGUC